AUGGCUGAAGGGCGGUACAUGGAACUGCAGACACAAUUCACUCAUCUCAACCAGACGGUGACCGAACAGAAGGAUCUGAUUGGACAACUGGAGAAGGACCUUCUGAGUGUGAAUGCACUAUCUUCAAAAUACAGGGGAGAAGGAGAGGGCCAAGCCACACCUUCAAGCUCAGAAGCAGAGCUGGUAGCUAAGGCAGUAGGAGAACCAAGCACCACUCUUGCCAAGGAAACUGCAUCUGUUGGUGGGGCUGCCGAGUCGCUGCUACCUAUUGUAUCCAGUCAGAGGGAACGAUUUAGAAUCAGGAACCAAGAACUUGAAGGGGAAAGUCGUCAGCACCAGCAGCAGAAUAUCAUCCUUCAGAAUGAAGUAGAUAAGCUGAGACAAGAUAAUGUGAAACUCUACGAGAAGAUACGAUUCCUACAAAGUUAUCCUUCUUCAAGGAACACCAAUAGACUUGAUGACACAGAGAGUAGAUACCAGAGCCAAUAUGAAGAGAGACUAGAUCCAUUCAACUCAUUCAGUAGAAAAGAGAGACAGCGGAAAUACAUGGGACUAAGUCCUUUUGACAAGGCUACACUCAAUAUGGGUCGUCUAAUCCUGUCCAAUAAGAUAGCUCGAAUGUUCUUCCUGGCCUAUACCAUCAUACUUCAUCUUCUUGUCUUUGUGGUCCUCUAUAAGAUGGCCCAUACCGAGUCCUGCAAGAGAGAUCUAGCUUCGGAAUGUGUACAAAAGUUUGCUGACCACAUGCAUGUCUUCCAUCCGGACGAUGGCGCCCAUCACAACCACAACGGAGGGGGCUGA